CUCUAUCCAAAUUUAUCCGAUCAUAACAAUUUGUUCCGUUAAGUCGGAAUUACUCUGGAGUUUACAUUGGAAGGAUAAUGCAGUUGUGAAGAUCUAGGAUCAAUCCAAAUUUGAUAUGUAAAACAGACAGCAUUCACCAUGAACGAGAGACAGACCUUUCGACCUUAUCAUGAGUAUCAGCAACAACAACGUAACCUUGUCAACGACAAAGAUGAGUUUGGGCCAAAGUUGUUCAAGCAGAUGGUGGUGGGCUUUGUGUGUGCAGGACUGUUGGGGUUGAUUUUCCUGGUCAUGGGGGCAGUGUUUAUGAAGGAGGCAUUAAAGUCUGACUAUGCUAUAUCGGUGAUGCUGUGUGUUUUUGGAAUGGUGGCUGGACUGAUUAUAUUGGUGGGAACAGUCAUUCUUGGCAAGUUGUCCAUCUCCAGAAAGUGGCUUAAAGCUUCACCUCAGCCCAGAAAUUCACAGUGCUUUCAGACCUGCUCUGUUGUGUAUACACCUUCCCAAGAUCCAAUUGCCGUACACGAUGCGCCGCCUGCUUACGAUGCGAUCAUGCUCAAUGAGUUUGUACCUGGGACUGUCCUGGAAGUAUCGCAAUCUGCAAUUCUUCCUCCCAAAUACUGUGAUGUAGCCUCCCUGCCAAACUAUGGGGAACCAGUGUGAAUAGACAUAUUUUAGAAACAACUAUUCGAAGCUUGAUAAAAUAUGUUAAUAUGUACUGUAAAAUCACUAAUUCUCAUGUUGGUCUGAAUUUUGUUGAUUCUGUGAUAUCAACAUGCCCACAAAUUCAGGUCCUCCCCUAAGUUUUAAAGCAAGUUACAACAAAGACAAUUCAUCAGCUCUUCUCCUUGUCAUCAAAAUUCAGACCACACAAGUGAUUUUGCAGUAAAUAUCGAUUAUUUUAGUAUGUAUAUUAAAUAUUUGUAUAUUUGCAGUUACUUUGCCUUGCCAUACAUGGUUUUAACAAUUUGGAAAUUUUGAAGUAUAUUUUAAUGAUAUACUGUAGUAGCAAAAAUAAUCUUUUAAAUUCUUAUAUACAUGUAUUCUGUAAAAUCGUUUAUUUUUGUGGGUUGAAAAAAAACUGACACAAUUUUAUGGCUGAAGAGCUGUUACUCUUUGCUACAGUUCACUUUCUCUUGUUUGCCGAGGAUUGUAAUUUUUAUGCAUGUCAAUGCCAUGAAAACUACAAUAAUUAAACCCCAUGAAAAUAAAUGAUUUCACUCUUUUAUUAUAUAUAUAUAUAUGAUUUAUUGACUUACAAUUAUUUAUAAUUUUGUAUCUAAUUACAAAACUACAUAGGUGACUUGCUGUAAGAAAAAAAUAAGUGCUAUUGUGAUUCUGACUUUGUGUCCAAAAUAGAUCAUUAGGUAUUUUUAAAUGUGAAAAUACCUAUCAUAUCAUUGUUCUUACAUGUAUGUAGACACUGCUGUACAAUUUCAUGAGAUGUGUAGAUUUUAUCAACACUAAAAUGAUGAUGUAGUAUGCAAUUUCAUGAGAUGUAAUUACAUCAACACUAAAAAUGAUGAUGUAGUAUGCAAUUUCAUGAGAUGUGUAGAUUACAUCAACACUAAAAAUGAUGAUGUAGUAUGCAAUUUCAUGAGAUGUGUAGAUUACAGCAACACUAAAAUGAUGAUGUAAUAUGCAAGGCCAGGUUUUUAGGUGAUUCUUCUACAUGUGUACAUUUAAAUCUCUGCUUCUGUUGAUAUUGUAUGAUGAGGUUUGUAGAAAAAGACAGGUCUGCAUGAGUUAAACUGCAGAGAAAUGAUGAGGAAUUGUCCCAAGUACUUACGAACUAGUGCGAUUAUGAGAGAAAUGUUUUUGGAAUUGAAGAUACUAAUCAUGCUGUGAAAAUGGAAUGUAUGUUGGGUUUUGUUUUUGCACAAUUUGCAAUAUGGUUUCAGAUUUUUCUUUAUAUCUUUUCUUUAUUGAAUUUUUUCUGUUAACUGUUUAAAUCAAUAUUGCAGGAGUAAAUACACAUCUACUUAUGCUGAAUUCUGAUUGGCUAACACUUUGGGGACUGUAGCUUUCAUGUAUUUAAUCUAAAUACCUUGAAAAUGGAUAUGGACUAAGUAUAUUUUUAAUACCCCAAGAUAUGAUAUGGCAUCUUUAUGUGUGCAACAUAAAUACUACUUUGUUAUCAUUUUGUUGUUGAAUUUAUUGUUGAGGAUUUUUUUCUGUUGAGAUUUUUUGUUUCUUUCUGAUUUUAUCUCUCAGUUCCUGUACAAGAAAUUUUUCUUCAAUCUUGCUGAGGUAAAAUCAAAAAGUGGCUUUCAAAACAAAGAACAAAUAUAUGUAGAUAUUUUCCCAGAUUGAUUUUUGUUAAGAUUUACAUUAUGUGUAUUGCUCUUAUUUGCAGAUUUUUAUAAAGCUGAUGGAAGAGUUAGUUGUAUAUGCUUUUAUGAUUGUGAAAAAUAUUGAAAUUGCCUGGUAUGUUUGUACAUGAUGAUUGUGUAUUGAUCUGAAUAGUUACUCUUAAAGAGUUACAUAAUGAAGGGGGGAAAUAUUGAUUUUACUGUAUGCAAAUGUCACAAUUGUUCCUAUUGUUUUUCUGAAAUAAGGUGUGAUGAAGGCCAAUAGAAAUUUAUAACACCUCUGUAACCCUCACUUCAGAUAUAGAUUCCCAUACACACAGUAAAGUUUAGAGUUAUCUCCCUUGUGACAUUUGACACAAUGAUCUGUUUUCUAAAUUCUUUUUUACAGUUGCCUGGUUCAGAAUUUAUAUAAUUGCAUAUGGACCUCUAUAAUUUCCAGAAAUUUAGCCAUUUCUCCCAGAAAUCUGAAAUUUAGAAUUAGAAUUUUUCCCACCAUGAAACAAAUAUAAAGCAUCAUAGUAUGAGUCGUGUAUGGCUACGAACAGUAUCGUGUAUUUAAGUGGGAUUACCCUCUGUAGAAAUACACAUUGUGUGUUAUGAAAUUUUUUUUUUAUGAACCCAACACAAAUCAUUUUGGUCUGAAAUUUGUGAGCUGAUCAAAGAAUCUAUAAUUAAUAUCGAGAAGAACUGGAUAUGAAUUUUAUGAUUAAUCUUUUUUAAUCAUUGAUAAAGAAUAUUGGCAUAUCAAAGAUCUAGUGUUUCUAUGACUGUGUAUUGUGUUUCGCUGAGGAUUUCUGCUAGAUUUCGGACGUUGUAUGUUUGUAUGCUGGUACCUAGAUUUCGGACAUUGUACGUUUGUAUCUAGCUGUUGUGCUACUUUCAACCGCCAAGGAUUUCCGCUAGAUGUCAGAUGUUGUAUGCUGGGAUCUAGAUUUCUGAUGUACGUUUGUAUGCUGAGAUCUAGAUUUCUGACAUCCGUUUGUAUGCUGAAAUUUAGAUUUCUGAUGUACGUUUGUAUGCUGGGAUCUAGAUUUCUGAUGUUGUAUGCCGAGAUCUAGAUUUCUGAUAUACGUUUGUAUGCUGAGAUUUAGAUUUCUAAUAAACGUUUGUAUGCCAGGAUCUAGAUUUCUGAUGUACGUUUGUAUGCUGGGAUCUGACGUACGUUUGUAUGCUGAGAUCUAGAUUUCUGAUGUUGUAUGCUGAGAUCUAGAUUUCUGAUAUACAUUUGUAUGCUGAGAUCUGGAUUUCUGACGUUGUUUGCUGGGAUCUAGAUUUCUGACGUAUGCUGAGAUCUAGAUUUCUGACGUUGUUUGCUGAGAUCUAAAUUUCUGACGCAUGCCGAGAUCUAAAUUUCGGACGUAUGCCGGGAUCUAGAUUUCUGACGUUGUAUGCUAGGAUCUGUACCCUGGUAUUUAACUGUUGUACCACUUUCAAACACAAAUGUUGUACUGAAAAUUUAAUUUGCUGUGAUACUUUCCAUAUAUUUUGUUUAUAAACAGAUGUUUUAUAAUGAAUACAGAUUCUAAUUAUGUAUAUACAGACUUUCAGCUGUAAU